CGCAGCUUCACCGGCACGGCUAUGCUGCACGAUGCCGCUUUAGUUUAACAUAGUACGUUUUCACUGGUGUUUUAAAUAUUUUAUAGAUGUCAGACGACAUAAGCAGUUGUUUAUUUGCAAGUGUUUUCUUGGAUAUUUACUCAGUUAGCUUGUGAAGAAUGAAGACUGCCGGCGGUAACAACACCGGUAUCAUGGACAUGUUUGAAAAUGGAAAAGUUGUGAAAAUAUGCGCCCCUAUGGUUCGAUAUUCAAAGCUGGCGUUCAGGUCUCUGGUGAGGAAGUACAACUGUGAUAUUUGCUUCACUCCAAUGAUAGUUGCUACUGAUUUCUUGAGAUCCAACAAAGCCAGAGACAGCGAAUUCACCACCAAUGAACGUGACCGGCCCCUGGUUGUGCAGUUUGCUGCCCAUGAUGCCCAGACGCUGGGGGAUGCAGCCAGCGUGGUGGCUCCUUUCUCAGACGGAGUUGACCUAAACUGUGGCUGUCCCCAGAGAUGGGCUAUGUCAGCAGGGUAUGGUGCAUGCCUCAUCAACAAGCCUGAACUUGUUAAAGACAUGGUAAGACAUGUCAGAAACCAAGUGGACAAUCCAAACUACACAACAUCCAUCAAGAUAAGGAUUCACAAGGACUUGAGGCAGACGGUGGAUCUGUGUCAAAAGGCUGAAUCAGCUGGUGUGUCAUGGAUCACUGUCCAUGGCCGUACAGCAGAGGAACGCCACCAACCGGUGCAUUAUGAUGCCAUAAAGACAAUCAAAGACAGUCUAUCAGUCCCAGUCAUUGCCAAUGGCGACAUAAAGUACUUCCGUGAUGUGGAGUCCACUCACCAUCUCACUGGUGUCAAUGGUGUGAUGGCUGCGCGGGGCUUGCUUGCUAAUCCUGCCAUGUUUGCUGGAUAUGAGGAUACUCCGUUGGAGUGUAUAUGGGACUGGGUGGACAUCUCCAUAGAACAGGGCACUCCAUUCACGUGCUUCCACCACCACCUUAUCUACAUGCUGGAGAGGGUUAGCUCCCAACCUGAGAGAAAGGUGUUCAAUUCUCUGUCCAGUACCUCAGCUGUAAUAGAUUAUCUCCAGAACACAUAUGGGACAGUUCACGAUCUGGGAACAUAAAUGUACAAACAUUUGUAAGUGUCCUGGGAGGGGAUAUAUCAGAAAGCAGGUUUUCUCACUUACUUGGCUUCCAUAAAGCACCUGUAAAGGGUAGUUUUUAGGAUUUGUUUAAAUUUUUAUGUAAGUAUCCCAAAACAUUUACAACCCUGGGUUAGCUGACAUGAAGUUGACUGAUCUAACUCAUAGCCGGUGUUGUAGUACAGACAGCUCAGGUUGACGCAGGUUACCAAAAUCUUCGUUUCAGGGUUUAUUAAAGGGUAUGUUAAACCUUCUUUCUGAAAUACCCUACCUGGGUUUCAUUUUAAUUUUCAUGGGGGGGUGGUUGUUUUUUGUGUUUUUUAAUGCCAAAUAAAAAUGCAAAGCUAUGAAAUUA